AUGGAUCCCUUUGCAAAAAUUCCGACCGAAAUUAUUCGGAAAAUCCUCGAAUUAUGCCACGAUUUUACCAGCUUAGACGGUCUUCAACAAAUAUCCCCCCGAGUGAAGGAAGCUUUUGAAGGCUCGUUUAAAAAUAUCACCGAGCAGGUCCUGAGGAACUGCUCCCUCACCUCGCACGGGCUUCAUUACUAUUUCACGCUCCUAUCGUCCAUUCGAUCGACAUCAUUCACCCCACAAGCUCUGCUAGAAGAGCUCGCUAGCCCACCAGGGGAUAUUAUGCGACCUAUUUCGCUUUCCACUACCCACUCACUAGCUGCAGUGCAGCAGACUGUAAAUACAGCAGCGAAGAUCCAUCUCACUGCCUGUGCUUGUCUUCAGCAUCUCCUCAAUCGUCUCAAGUCCGCAGAGCCCCAUCGUCCUAUGGCUUCUACUGCCACAGUUGUGGAUUGGACGGUGGAUAGAAGACAUCCACCACCUAAAGCUGGCGAGAUCAUCCGAUUCGAUGUUGACCCACCAUCAUGGAUCGAAACUUAUCGGACGCAUCGAGGCCUCUGGAAACUUGAGCUCUUCCAACAGAUCCAUCAUGCUGCAACGAACCACUGGCUAUGGUCGACGCACGAUCUGAACUACUUCAUCGAACAAUACCUGGAAUGGUGCCUGUGGCCGGGGGGGAUAGAAGAGCCCCAGACGAUUUCGGAGUGUGUGGUCGUUCUAUGUUCCUCCGCACCAACAAUACUCAGUCAUCAGGCUCCAUAUCUAGUUGCCGUUCCAUCACCAGCUGAGUUGACGGUACAUACAUGCUGGCCUCUGCCAAAUGUUCAAGAUACAGAAGUUGAUUCGAAAUGGGGUCGGAGUCCGAGAUAUGUGCAGAACAGAAACAGUGUGCUUAGUUCUUUCAAUGCCCUUCGUGGCGGUGAAAAGGGCCGUGGUUAUCACAUUCUCUGGAAAGUGGAUUUCAAAGCAUUUCGACAACUUGGUAUACCUCUUUGGGAUAUGUGGCGAUUGUACCAAAUGAGACUCAUGCACCAGUCUCGCAGUGUGCUUUCACCGCGGGGCGACUUGGUUGGCGGAUGGUCAGAUAUAACCGAAUGGCCCCGUCCGAUUGAAGCCUACGUAUGGUUUAGUCUGGCAGAGGAGGGUGACAUGAUUGCAACGCCGAGAAAACAAGUCAUGGAGCCCUGAAGUCUGAGUGGUAUAUUCAUUCGACGUGAUGGAUUAACCAACAGCAUAUGAGCAUAGUGUGAAUCGAGGCCGUGACGAGAAGCAU